UGCGUGAUCCCGUUUGAAGGAUCGAUCCAUCCCUCUGUUUUCUGCUUCCGAUGGAGAUCACCAAGGAAAAUAACUGUUCCAGCUACUAGAAACCACUGGCUAAGCUGUGAUCUGAGGGUCACAGAGUGUAGUGUCGUCGCCAGAUGUGGCCUUGUUCGUUGGAGACCAAAUUGAACGAUUCAAACGCCGACCCACACAGGCCACAACAAACCCUCACUUGUUUCGGUCUGGUGUCGAGUCGUCUGCUAGCUAGCAGAGUGUCGAGCCGAACGGCCAAAAGCCUCUCUUUCUCGCUCUCGCAGAGAUUGAGGUGCUUGGCUUUGUUUAUUGUGUUGUUUUGGCUGAGGCUACCUUGAUCCGUUUAAUGCGUUAUUUUCGUCGUACGUGUGUUUUAUUUGAGCCCAGCCACUCUAAUCAGCACAGCCGCAUUUUGGGCGGCAGUGCAACGACCUUCAGCUUUGCUAUCAUUUGUCAAUGUUCUGGGGCGGGCAAGUAAACCGUUUUGUCCCGACAAAUUUUCUUUAAUUUCGAGUGUGUUGUGCCGUUUGGCUGGCUACUCUAAACAUGAGGAGCAGAAAUAUUGGAUGGGUAAUGUCCUCUUACCUUGGAUGUCGACAUGCUCCACUUGCCGUCGGGGGUGUGAAUUGUGGAGGUUCACUACAAGUUCAUAGAUUGUCCCAAAAUGUCAGUGUGGCCAGCGAAAGACAGAAACUGUCUUUAAAUGGAAAGAACACAAUCAAGAUUGGACAGAAAAAAUAUGUAGUUAAGAUAGAUAAAAUACAGAGUAUUAAAGACAGUGUGCUACUCUCGUUAGUCAACAUGUCGGUGUUUCAUGCAGAUAAACCAUUUUUAGCUCCUGACGAAAAAAUAACUAAGGAAGUUCAGUUUGUUCCAAAAAGUCCCUCACAUGUUGCAUUUGCUAAAGAAAUGUUAUCUUUGAGAGUAAGAUCUAAAAAAGAGAGGAUUUUAAUUCUGAAUAAUUAUGAGUCACCUACAGAUGUGGUUCCAGAAAGUCGAGAUUUGAUCAGUCUAGUCAGAGAAUAUUUACAGAAUGGUAAUGAUACACUUUCGAUAGACCCUGAUUUGGAAUCUUACUGGAAGAGUGUAAAACCUGCACUGAGCGACUUAACAAAUGCCCAGUGUUUUGAGGAUGAAGCUGCACACCCCAUCUUAAGAUAUGCUCAAGGUUUUGAGUGUAUUGCAAACUACAAGGGAGUACCUUCUAUCAUAAGCAUAAAGAUGAUAUCAAACCGUGGUCAUCAGAAAAAGCAUAAACUGGAAUUAAUCGCUGGAGGUGCAGCUUUUAAUUUUGAUCCAAGAUGGCCUGUCCAGGUGAAGAACUUUGUGCUCAUUCUUGCCAAAAGUGAUGGGUCUCCUGCUGUUGUACAUGUUUUUAACAGUGAAAAUACUUUGGCUCUUUGGCAAGAAUGUUUGAUGAGGAUUGAACGGUUUUGGAACAACCCUGGCGCACUUGUAUUAAUAGAUGGAAGAAUGAGGCCAAUCGUUGCACCUCCUGUUGUGCAUGAGGGUAAACCCAGUUACUAUGAACGUGCUAAGAGCAAAAGGAGUUCUGCCAAAUCAGUAAAUGAUUUUGUGCUAGUGGACACAUUUGAAGCUGGAGUAAGAGACCAAAACACCCCAAAAAGUCAUGAUGCAAAGCCAGAGGUUAGAUUGGACUCCCAGGAAGUAGAAAAGUGCAUUUCAAAUGAACAGCAACAAAGUGCUUCCCCAAGUAACAUGCAGUCUGAAAUCAGAACGCAAGAUGAUAUUCCAACUACUGGCAAACUCCCUGAGAAGGAAGCCACCAACCCUCAGCAAAGUACUGCAGACUCUAAUCCAAAGGAGGCUGAAGGAAAUGUUUUACAGUCUCUUUGGAAUUUUUGGAAGCUCAAAUAAUUUUUCUUUGGCACACCUUUUUGGUCUGAAUAUCAUGUCUGACAUACUAACAGUUUUUGAAAAUGUGGUAAAAAUAUGUUACAGGUGCAAGAGUUGUGUAAGAUGUAAACGGUAAUGAUCAAUAAUAAAAACACUAAGCAAUACUGUUUUUA